AUGUCACUCGUUGUGAAUGCUCAGCUCAACACAAUCUUUUAUUCAUCAUUCACAUGCCAAACACUUAUAAACACACACAUCCAUUCAUUCAAUCACACAUUUAAUCACAUGCAAACAUAUAUAACACAUACACAUACACAUACACGUGAGGAUCAAUCAAUCAUAACCACAACACAA